AUGGCCUUUCUCUUUGAGCCAAAGAAUUCAAAUCUAGCCAAUCUCGCCAUUCGUCUCCAACGCGAAGACAUCGAAGCACUCAAAACUGACAAUGAGGACAUCGACUUCGCUCUCAACCUACAACUCCAAGAACUGAGCAUAGCAGAGACCCUCAUCGCCGACCACAGAUUCGCCGUCGACUGCCAAUUAGAACCCGACCGAGACCGCGAAAUUGCUCUUGCCCUUGCCGUGACUCGCCACGAAGCAAUCGCCGCACUCCUCACUUGCACGGGUUGCGGAUCACUAUUCACCAGACAUCAAAGUUUCAAAGCACCUUGUGAUCACCACUUCUACUGUUUCGAGUGUCUGGCCAACUUUUUCGAGUACACGAUCGGUGACGAAUCGCUAUAUCCGCCUAAAUGCUGUGAUCGCGAGAUUGUCUUUGACAAUAUAAAGACGCUACUCGACGACAAGCUUGUGGCGAGAUACGCCGAGAAGAAGAUUGAGUACGACACCGAGCCCACGAAAAGGACAUAUUGCUGUGGUUCCAACUGUAAGGCUUUUGUUCCGGAGACUGGCAUCGAGGAUGAAGUCGCAACUUGUAGUGAUUGCGGUAAAAGGACUUGCACGAUUUGCAAGGAAGCAGCUCACCGUGGUGACUGCCCCAAAGAUGAGGACACGCAAAGUCUGCUUGAGCUGGCCGGAAACGAGGGCUGGCAGCGCUGCUACAAUACAAACUCUGCAGGNUGUGUCUGUGGUGCACAGUUCUGCUAUGUCUGUGGUGCUCGCUGGAGGACCUGCGACUGUCCUCACUUUAAUGAAGCAUGGCUAUUGGAAGGAGUCGACAGACCUCGUCAUGCUGGUCAUCGUCUCUUCCAACUACCUCAGGAUUGA